AUGGGAAGUCCUCUUACGACACAUGUCCUCGAUACGUCAGUUGGUCGGCCGGCUGCUGGACUACGAUUAGCUGUAUUUCGUCACAACGAGGACGGAACUGAGCAGUGUUUGAAAGAGGGUAUAUGCGACCAGAAUGGUCGUGUCACAGACCUCUUGACGAGUGAGGAUUGGAGGGCAGGUGUAUAUCGUAUCCGGUUUUUCGUCCAGGAGUACUUCGAUUCAACGAAAGCGGAAUGUUUUUAUCCGCAUUGUGAUGUCACAUUCACUGUCAAGGAAACUGCAUCUCAUUACCACGUACCACUACUGCUGAGCCCGUAUGGAUAUUCGACAUAUCGUGGAAGCUGA